AUGUCCCGUAUCACUGCAGGGCUGGUUGUCCUCCUCUUUCUCACAGGUUAUGUAAAUACUGGACCAGGAACCACCCCUCACCUAAAACAGAUCGUGAUCGGUCGAUGCUAUGAUUAUGUGACCCUCGUCAAGCCUAGUUCCCGAUAUAACUGUGAGGAGAUCUGGAGGGAAUUUGAGGAGGCGGUGAUAAGGAGAGAUCCCUGCAGCGUCCGGGUGAAAGACUACCGCAGAAUGUUCCGGCUCACACCCCAGUCACUGCCCUGUGAUAAGCUCUUGUUCUGGAGCAAGACUCGUGGCCUCAUGCAUAGCUACUCAGCUGUAACGCGAAGAUUUUUGACGCUGGAGGACACGCUGGUCGGCUACAUCUUCAACGACCUCAUCUGGUGUGGGCAGGAGGAGAGAGACAGAGGGUUCGAUUAUAACUCCUGUCCCGAAUGGUCCACCUGUGUGAACCACCCAGUCUACUCACUGUGGAAACAAGCAUCACAAAAUUUUGCAACAGCAGCAUGUGGCAACAUCACAGUCUUGCUGAAUGGAUCGAUCCCAAAUGCUUUCAACAGGAAGAGCAUGUUUGGCAGUGUGGAGCUAGACAACCUGAACCCCAGGAUGGUCAGUUUUGUUAACCUCAAAGUGGUGCCAAACUUGGAAGGACCAUUCGUAGAGUCCUGCUCUCAGGGUUCUAUACUGGACCUGAUCAAAAUCUUGGAGACCAGAGGGUUCCGCUGGACCUGCACAGACAAGGACGAGUAUGUGCCUACCGUAGCGCUAAUGCUAAUGCUAACACAUCUAGUGCUAAUGCAAGCGGCUGACAGCUUCAGCAGUGUGUGGCCCCUGGACACUGAUGAUUCUCCAGUGUGUGAAGAACCCAAGACAGUAUUCCUGUAA